UGUGAUUUUCGUAGGAAUCAAAUGUUCAAGAAAGGCAUACACUUAUAAGUCAUAACAUACGCAGAAACCAGAACAUAAGACCAAAGCCUUCAAGAAAAUCAGACCAGACCACCAAAAAAAGAACCCAACAACCACCAUGAAAAAGCUUUACAGGAAAGGUAAAGUGCACCCUUCACCACCACCGCCACCACCAACCAUUGCCGAUCACUUGUCUUUGCUUCCGGCGACGGUUCUCAGCCUCACCGCCGCACUCUCUCUCCAAGACAAAGAAGUCUUAGCCUAUCUAAUCUCAUGUUGCAGCGGCUCCUCUUCCACCGCCGGCAACAACUUCCCUGGUCAUCAGAAAGCUACAAGCAAGUGUAGAAUUGAUAAUAAGGAGCAUGAUCCUACGUUUCAAUGCAACUGUUUUACGUGUUACAUGUGUUUCUGGGCACGUUGGGAUUCAUCCCCAAACCGUCAGCUGAUACAUGAGAUUAUAGAGGCGUACGAGGAAGGGUUGUUCGAAGAGAAUAAACAAGUUAAGAAGAACAAGAAAGGGAGGAGAAAGAGAGUCUCUAUUCAUGAUUCCAAGCAUGGAAAUGAUCAGGGAAUCAGUUCUGGGAAAGGGUUGGUUACCUUGAAUGAUCAUCAACAACUGGAAUUUGUGGAAAUGAAUUCCCAAAGUGAUCAAGGGGAAGUAGAAUCCGAAAGGGGUUCCAUCAGGGGCAUUGUAAGCUUCAUUGGAGACAGUAUUUGGGGAGUUUGGAAUAGAAAUUAAUUCUAUUUCUGUCUUACUUUUCAUUUCUGUAAAUGAUUAGCCAUGUUCUCCUUGUAAAAAGAGACAAUCAAUAAGAGUGGAUGCACUAAUUUGAUCAAAAUUGAUUUUUUUUCCAGAUGCUGAAUCUGUUGUAAUCCACCAAAUGUCUCUGCUUGUAGUUUGUAAACAUGGCUCUGCUUUUGCUUUCCUCUGUUUUUUCCCGGUUGAAGUAAGAGUUUUUCCAAUCGAUAAGGCUCCUCAAUCUUUUUACCUGUAAUUUAUUAAUUAAUAUAAUUAGGAAGAGCAUUAUUCCUAUCAUUACAACAUUAAUGUAAUUAAUGUAUCU